AUGGCUGAAUACAAACUCGAGGUGACCACAGGCACCAUGAAGUAUGCAGGUACGAUGGACUACAUUCACGCCACCUUGUUUGGAACAGAGGGGCAGAGCGAACGAACUGAGCUGGACAACGUUGGCUUUGACGCUCUCAGUGGGAUGACAAGGACAUAUACCGUAAAAACCACCACGUCUCUGGGGAAACUUCUGCUGCUCAAAGUGGAAAAAGAUCCUUUUUUCAUUCUCUCUGAAGAUGAGUGGUACUGCUCCAAAAUAGUGGUGACCACCCCAGAAGGAGAAGCCAUUCUGUUCCCCUGCUACAGAUGGAUCUCCAGGGGGGAACUGGUGGAGCUGAGAGGAGGGAAAGCCAUGAAAGUUUUUGAGGAUGACUGCCCAUUGCUGACUGACCACCGGAAAAAAGAGCUAACCAGUAAAAAACACUUGUACCAAUGGGCGAUUACCGAUGAGAAAAUACCACAUCGAAUCCAUUACACAGACAUCAAUGAGCUGCCAGCGGAGGUCCGGUUCUCUCUGUCCAAAGAACAUGAAAUACGUUUUACAAGAAAGCUCACUGGUGUUGAACUGCUGUUCAAAGGAAUGGCCGGAUCUACUGAACAAUGGGAAAGCUUUGAGGACAUCAAGGACAUCUUCUGGUGUCGAAAGACUCCAAUGUCAGAAUAUGUUGCAGAGCACUGGAAGGCAGAUGAGUUUUUCGGUUACCAGUUUCUGAAUGGAAUGAAUCCCAGUGUAAUCAAGAGGUGCUCUGAACUUCCCCCAAACUUUCCUGUGACAGAGGAGAUGGUGAAGCCCUUCCUGCAGGAGGGAAGCUCUCUGAAAGAGGAAAUGGAGAAAGGCAAUAUAUUCAUCUGUGAUCAGAAGAUAAUGGACAACAUACCCACAAGGGAGUACGAUGGGAAACAACUGCAGGCAGCUGCUGGCUUGUGUUUGUUCUACAUGAACCAGGACAACAAACUGAUGCCCAUUGCAAUACAGUUGCACCAACAGCCCUCCGAGCAAAACCCCAUCUUUCUUCCCAGCGACUCAGAGACAGACUGGCUACUAGCCAAGAUAUUUGUCAAAAGUGCCGAUGCAAUUGAAUAUCAAGCAGUCUAUCACCUCAUGGGCACUCAUUUUUUGGCAGAAGUCUUUGCUGUUGCUGCUCUCCGCAACUUUCCUGUGAUUCAUCCGCUCUACAAGUUCCUGAUCCCGCACUUCCGGUACACUCUGCACAUCAACACUCUGAGUCGUACCAUACUGUUCGGACCUAAAGGAGCUUUAAAUACGAGUACACUUGGAUAUGAAGGAAUGAAAGAGAUUAUCCGGAGAGGUCUGUCUGAAAUGACCUACAGCUCCCUCUGUCUGCCAGAGAACAUCACUGCACGAGGACUGGAAUCAGUUCCCAACUUUUACUACAGGGAUGAUGGACUGAAGCUGUGGAACAUCAUCAACAGCUUCGUGAAGAAAGUAGUGGAGCACUACUAUCCCUCAGACAAUGAUGUGGUAAAAGACACCGAGCUGCAGGACUGGAUCAGUGAGAUAUUCACACAUGGCUUCCUGACAAACACACUUGCAGGGUUUCCAACAACAUUUGAUGCUGUUGAGGAAGUCGUCAAGUUCAUCACCAUGCUCAUCUUCACAGUGACGGCUCAGCAUGCGGCACUCAAUAAUGGACAGUUUGACUUCCUUUCCUGGAUGCCCAAUGCCUCACUCCUGACACGCAGACCUCCUCCAACCACCAAGGGGCAGUCAAGCAUAGAGACAAUUUUGGAGACUUUCCCAAACAUUGGAGAAACUGUCAAGUUUGCAGCACUAACUGUGGUGCUCUCAGAGAAGUACUCUGACAUGGUCCUCUUGGGUGCUUACACUGAGGAGUGGUUCCAGGAACCAGCCGUGAAGCAGAUGAUCAAGGAAUUUCAAGCAGAUCUGUCCAACUUGACUGACAUUAUUGCUGCAAGAAACAGUGAACUUGAGCUGCCCUACACAUAUCUGAGCCCAACUGAGAUAGAAAACAGUGUCACUAUCUAAGAUAGUUGGGAAGAGCCCGAAUUACAAGUUUACACAUGUCAGGUUUUUGUUUUGUUUUGGGGGUUUUUAAUACUGAGAGGUGUGUUCAUUUAAUUCAGAUGUGACAAAAUUUAAAGGGAUUUAAACUCAUAUUACUGGUUGAACACAAAUCAAAAAAAUGCCUGAAUCAUGUUUCAAUAGAGUAUCUAUCUAUCGUCUGUGCUUUGAUUCUGUUCAGGGUCGCUGGAGCUGAUAACAGCUAGGCUUCCUCCCAUUGUCUAUUGUGACACCCAUUGUUCAACUAGGACGAUGAAUGUUUCUUAUUCCACCUGCAUAAAUCCCCUGUUGGGCAAUCACUUUAUAGCAGUUGUCUUUGUUGUUGCUGAAGAAGAACAAUCAUCAUCAUCAUCAUCCUCAUCUUGGAGUGAUUAUCAUUCCUGUAAACAAUCACUGAAGCAUCAGAGAAGUGAAGAUGCCAGAGCACUGUGCAGCACAUUCUUCUGCCUGCCAUGGAACUGGGCUGUUCGUUAUGAGUCAAGUAAAUUAAUCUGCUGAACCGUGUCCAGGAAUAUGUGUUGUACACUUUUUCAUUUCUCAAACGGCAUCUGUUAAACUAAAACAUUUCAGUGGGAAUCAUCUGGCCACUCCCCCUUCCCAAUUAAACAAUGCAUAUACUGUCGUUUCUUUUAUUUGGACAGCCAAGUAUUAAUUAAUUUUACUGUUAUGGCCCUGUCUACACUAAAGGUACUUUUAAAGAUGUAUUCACUCACACACUUGAAUAGUAACAUUGAUUAUGAUCGUAACCAUUCAACUCCGGCGGCCAGGCUGUAGAUAAUCAUGAAUAAGUGGCCAUUUAUUUCCCUCUCUCAGAAAAACACGAACAAUGACAAAAAACUGAAAAUUCCGGAUGAAUUUCUGAUUUGUGUUUGAGCCUCACGGGCUACUGUAGCUACUUGCUGUGUAUUUUGACAAGAUUUUUCAUUAUCAUCCCUUUUUUAUGAGUCAGGAAAAUAUACACCACUUAUUUAAAUUAUUAGAUUCUGUGCUUUGCAUUGAGCAAGUGAAGUGUUGAGUUUAAUUUGUUCCAGCAAGUUCUGUGGCUGAUGUGCUAAUGAAGCACAUCAUUGCGCACGUAAGCAACUUUACAUGUGCACGUAAGACUUUUAAAAGGAGCAUGUAAAACUCCUUAAAAAAAUUUGAUGUCCCUGGGGGCUCCGUAGAAUCAUAUAAUCAUAUCAAUAACAAUCAAGUACAAUAUACAUCCUUAAACCAAUUCUCUCAAUAAAAAUCUCCAUCAGCCUGAACAGUUUGAGUUCAUUUCGUUCUGUUUGUGUCUGUGUGUCCUCCAUGUCUGAUGUUUAUAAUAAACUGGAAUAGAAGUUGAA